AUGGUGUUGAACAUGUUUGAGUAUGAGGACGGGCUGGUGAUACCCAGCACUUCAGAGAUCGACAAGAAGUUCUGGGAUUACUUUGAUGUCACCACCACUUCGGCUCAGAACUUGAGCCUGGCUGUUGAGGAGACCAUCCCUAGGGACCAGACUGCAGUCUUGGCUACUUAUGGGGUGCUCCUGGCUGUUGGAGGGAUCGGGAACUUGGCAGUGCUGUUGACCUUGGCCAGGACUAGACGGAGGAAGUCCAGGAUUGACCUUCUGAUGACGCAUCUGGCGCUCGCUGAUGUCUGCGUCACCUGUGGUGUUAUACCUUUGGAGAUUGGCUGGAAGUACACAAACGCGUGGCUGGUUGGGAACCUAUUCUGCAAGCUACUGCUGGUGGUGCGAGCCUUCGGGCUCUAUCUGUCUUCCAACAUCCUCGUCUGCAUCUCUAUAGAUAGGUUCUUCGCGGUACUAUACCCAUUGCGGCUGCCGGUGGCGCGGCGGCGCAGCAAGCAGAUGCUCUACUGCGCGUGGGCAGCUGCCCUCGCUUGCAGCCUGCCGCAGAGCAUCGUGUUCCGAGUGAAGCGACACCCUCGCGUGGCAGGCUUCGAGCAGUGCGUCUCAUUCGACGCGUUCCGCAGCGAGCGGCAGGAGGUGGCCUACACCGUGUUCUGCCUCUGCGCCAUGUACUUCGUGCCUCUGGUGGUCAUCACCGUCUGCUAUGUUUGCAUCUUCUGCGAGAUCAGAAGGAGCAGCAAGGAGCUGGACGGUGAGUUCCACUCCGGCAUCGCGCACGUGCGCCUGCGCCGCUCGGGCCGCCGCGUGCUGGAGCGCGCGCGCCGCCGCACGCUGCGCAUGACCGUCACCAUCGUCGCCGUGUUCGCGCUGUGCUGGCUGCCGUACGCUACCAUGGCCAUGUGGUACAUGAUAGACCGUCCGUCCGCAACGCGCGUGUCAGUGCGAGUGCAAGAUCUGCUGUUCGCCAUGGCCGUUUCCAACUCCUGCAUGAACCCGCUGGUGUACGGCUCCUAUACCUUGGACAUCCGCGGCGCCGUGCGACGGUUCCUCAAGAACACCUGCUGCCGGUCUACUUCAGCCUCGGACACUAUAGGCAACUCCGGAUCAAGCUCUACCAAAAAGAACGUGGCGCCUGAGACACCGCUGGUGACGCCUCUUAAGAACGGCCGAGUCCGAACCCGGCUUGGCGUGCGUUUCGCCGAGACCUCUCUAACGACCGUCCCGGAGCGGGACGUCCCGCGUCCCAUCCGGGCGCCGGCCUGA